AUGCAUCAAUUUUCUCGGAGUGAAACCUCAACUCCUGGAAGCAAAAACGAUAGCAUCAGUGGAAGAUCUCCAAAUAAUGGCUAUGAUGGGAUUGGAAACAGUCCAUUUUAUUUCUCUCGACUGUUUUCAUCACCGAUUUCGCGACCUACAGUCCCUGCAAGUCCGAUUUCUCCCCAGGUUUCUCUUCGUCGAGGUGUCGCAAUGCGUCAAGAUCUCCCGCCUUCUCUGCUCAAUUUUCAAUCCCCCAUUCGGAGACAAUUUAAACCACAUCAGCCUGGCCCUUCACGACCCAGGCAUCCUGUCGAAUUUCUUGCGCAUUCCUCAACUUCCAUGAUGGAACGCGCCCUCUGGAUUCUCGAAUCUAAAAGAAAGAAGCGCUCCGGGGAUUCAGAAACAGACGACAGUCAGGAAGCAAACCACGACCAAAUAAAGCGCCAUAAACGCUCUGACCAGAAUGAUUGUGAACCCGUGUCGCCUAAGCCGGAAGCAACGCCACAGCAGGAGGAAGCUGUUAGACCAACAUUGAAGCCUGUGACCACUUCGACUCGACCAAGUUCUGCAAAGCUUCCUGAUCAUGUGUCUCGGCUCUCUUCUGCUACGUUGGAAGCACUCGCGUUUGGUGGGAAGCGGCCUAGAACUGAAGAUCACCGUGAGGUAGCAGCCUCCAUUUCAAGCCUCGACGACUACUUCUCAUCACCGAUGCCACCGGCUGCAAAGCGACGGGAUACUCGGGACUGUGAGACUCAGACGACGGUUGACCGAACCACAUCACCUUCGCCGCCUCCGCCACGUCCCACUCCAAAACAGCCUCCGCGCGUGCUGAAAACGAGCUCAGUUUCACGGUUCAUUGCAGGGUUAGAGGCGAGGGCUAGAGCAAACGCAUUGAUCAGGCGCACGACCGCACCCGCCUUAGUUCUGGCUCAGUCAAAUUCGCUAGAGAGCCGACAUGCGAAUAUCCGACGGCUCUUUUCAGAUCUUGCCGAGAAGGCAUCGUCGCUGAUGGAGGAACCGGCAAGCACUCCAACCACUGGGACUAAAAUAGUUCCUGGCGCGACUUCACCAAGCCAGUCAAUUACUACGCCAGCUGCGUCGUCUCCAGUUUCUCUGCCUUUUACUUCGACUUCAACUAUCUCGUUGCCGAAGAUUUCUGAAUCCGCUCCACUUUCUUCUGCUCCUAGUAUUUUGCCUUCUACCAUAGCCACAGUGACCACAUCAAUCUCCUCCACACCUUCAUUCACUUCUUCUGAAGAGAAGCUGCCAAAAUCAGGACCAAAACCGGUCACAACCUCUGAUUCGCUUAGUUUCGUGGCCGAAAAGCCCAAAAAGUCUACAGAAUCCUCUGCAGCAGUUGUCGUCACGACCAUGUCAACUUCAGUCGAACCAAAGUUCGUUUUCUCGUUGGAAAAAAAGUCUACCUCAGAGCAGACGUCUUCUGGAUCCGGUUUUUCCGCCACGACCACCUCUUUCAGUUCCCCUUUCUUAUUUGGCAAACCCGUUGCCACUCCUAGUGUCACUGCCUCGACUUCCAACCUCACGCCUCCUGUCGUGUCUUCUUCCACGCCUAAACAGUCUGUUUCUGGAAAUGCUGUUUCAUCUUUAAGCACCACAGGUGGUUUCGUGUUUUCUUCUACCAAUACCCCGACUGCAUCCACUCAGUCGUCCAUUUCAGUUGUCCAGACUACUGCUGCUCCCGCCUUCACCUUUUCGCUUAUGAAAACAGCCUCUUCAGAAACAGCCAAGACCGAGGGCACAGUCACUACUGCAGCACCUUCUCUGGCCGUCGCCUCAACCACUACACCAAUUUUCAAUUUUACUGCUUCCUCCAAGUCUGAAUCCAAUGCCCUCGGGGCUACGACAACGUCGGUGACAACCCCUUCUGCCGCCUUCAAUUUCUCGGCAUCGACAUCAUCUGUUAAUUCAAGCGCACCGCCUCUUGCUUUUCAAGUGAUGAAUAAGCCCACCGUCACGACGACACCGAGCUUCAAUUUUUCUUCAACAAGCCAGCCUUCAUCAAGCACAAACUUGACUGGUUUUGAUGUAGCAAAAACCGCUACCAGUAGUGGGAGUCUAUUUACAACUACCAAACCUGCAAUGUCUGGUUUUAAUUUUUCAGCCACUGCCACGACUACCACAGCUCAGACAGGCUUUACUUUCCCGUCCACUACUACCGCUGCUGCACCAAGUUCAAUGUUUAAUUUCUCGUUGAAGCCUUCCGCGGCAGUGACCACAGUUUCUUCGUCACUUAAUGCGCCUGUUACAACUAGUACACCCAGCCUAGGUUUUCCUGCCACCACAAGUGCAAUCCAAGCUGCGAAAACGUCGUCAAUAUUUGGUUCGCCGGCCGUCACCACCACCAACGCCACGACAACAUUCAACUUCUCUGCCAAACCAUCUUCAACGACAGCCACAACUACGGCUCCGUUGUUUAACUUCACAACUACUGUGACUACGGCGUCUCCUUCCCUAUUCAACUUCCCCUCAAGCUCCACUGCCUCGACUACCUCAAGCAUUGGGGUUAACCCUUCGUUCAGUUUCCCUGCUGCGUCAAGUAAUGCUGUCACAAAUGGUGUUGGCAGCGCUUUUACCACAAGUGCCUCUCAAUUCACCAUUCCGAAGACUUCUGCUCCCUCUCUCUUCAAGGACUCGGGCAGUGUCUUCGCGGCUGCUGUGACCACGGUUGGCGCAACUGCCUCACCUUUCGUUUUCCAAAACACAUCAAGUACAACUGGGGUAAAGAACGGCGGUCCGUUCGCUUUUCAAUCUCCCGCGAGUAGCACCGCCGCCCCAGUGAGCACUAGCAGCGGUACACUCUUUAAUUUCCCAGCUUCUACGGCAUCGGGAGGCUUCAAUUUUUCCGCAACCUUAACGACAACAACUGGAAGUUCCGCACCAUUUGCCCCCAAGCCUGCAAGCACCGUUGGCAGUGCUUUCCAAUUUGGCGCAACCGCUGCGUCCACUACGACCGCGUCGUCGUCUGGUUUUGCGUUCGGACUCACCUCAGCGAAGAGCUCGCCAUCGCUGUUUUCUGUCGAUCACGCAAAACGGUCUGCUAGCUCGACUUUUAGCACUGACUCGACGGGCCCGGGAAUGGCGAAAAUUUCGGGACAGUCGACACCCGGAACCUUUGGAAGUACCUCCACGAGUACUCCGUUUGGUGGUGCGCCGGCUGCGGGCAACCAGCCAUUCGCCUUCGGCGCGGCAUCAGGCGCAACGGAUGCCGCGGCGGGCAGCGGUGGAUUCAACUUCGGAAACGCUGCAACAAGUUUUGCUAGCAAUGGCGCCUUCAAUUUUGGCCAAACGGCGUUGCCGUUCAGCCAAGGUUCCACCCCGAAUCCCUUCAAUGUAGCCUCCCCGUCAACCCCCAAUGCCGCUGCCAGUUUCCAGCAACGCCGUAGACAGAUGAGGUUAACGAAACGGCGAUAA